GUGGAACGCGAUAGAGUUUGGCCGAUGGUGCAGUCAACGUCGGGACCGGCAUCUAAAAAGACGCACGCGUCUUCUCUCGUUUCUCGUGCACGCCGUACCCUUCGAUUAACAUUUUUCAAUAUUAACGUUAGACUCUUUAAUUGUGAAAAGAUACGAAAUUUAAACGGAGAGAGAAAAAAGGGGUGGGGAAAAUUAAAAAACAAUUAAAAAAACAAAAUAUAUAUAUAUAUAUACACAUGUACAUAUGUAUAUAUGUAUAUAUAGAUACAUAUAAACACAUAUAUAUGCGAAUUUCUAUUUAAUUAUAUGAGUGAAAUAGAGAUUGCAAAGGAUCGAGGAAUUGAUGGGUUUAGUGUACGUGCAACCUCUUUAACUGUGUACUUCCGUGUGUACGUGUGUAUGUGUGUGUCUGCUGCGUGUGCGUACGUAGGUGCGUGCGUGCGCGGGCGUGUAUACGUGUGCGUGGAAGUAUGCGCGCGUAGUAGAAGCAUCGUGCCGAGGCUUGGCUGACCGAAGACGACGAAGUGGAAGAUAACGUUAAAAGGAAAAUAUAAAGAUAAGAAUAAGAAUAAGAAGAAUAAGAAGAAUAAUGGAAGACGACAAAGAGGGACUUGGUUAUUUCAAUAGUACGAAUUUAUUCGAAAGCUAUAGGAACUCUUCAAAGAUACGAAAAACGAAUCGAAUUAUUACGGAUAUUUUACUUUUGAUUAUUGAUUAUCACGAUAAUAUUACUAAAUGAAAGAAAUAAGAGAUCAUUCGCUAUCUCACGUUUACAUAUCGGAGGAAGAGGGAUUGCUUUAUUUUUUUUCCUGUUCUCCGAUCCAAGACUCGAAGCAAAGGAUGUUCGAAAUUGGACCGAAAUGGGAAAGAGUGGGGUGUGGGAGGAACACCGACCUUAUAAGAAUGCAGGAAGCAAAGGAGUACUACAGAUGCGCAGGAUAGAAUGAAUCGUCGGGAGGACCCGUUGUUGCGACAGCAUCGCAGCCGCUUGCUGCAACUCGCCGAAGCUACCAACAUCAAGCCCGGUCGUGGAAGCAGCAAGAGACGCGGUCAAAGACAAUCCCAUGGAUUUUCACCAAGCAAUGGCGGCUCAAGUACAGGACGUGUUACACUUCAGGACAUCGUUAGAAGCGAUCCAGGUUACACGCCUAACAUAGAACACUUAGUGUUCCCCGAAAGAAAGAGCAGUAAUCCGAAUUUAUCUGGAAACACCGAUGGCUCGCCACCACCGGGUACAACCAAAUCGAAAUCCAAUGCUCCAACUUCUAGUAGAUCCAGACUCGUUGAGGUCUUCGCGAGACAUUAUUCACGAGGAUCCUUGCAGGACAGUACGAUUACCUUGAGAAAGAAUCAUUUGAACAGCACUUCGUUGGACAGUGGCAAUUUGGUACUAUACCAACAACAGCAACAACAACAACAACAGCAGCAGCAACAACAACAGCAGCAGCAGCAGCAGCAACAACAGCAGCAACAGCAACAACCACAGCAACAGCAGCAACAGCCACAACAACAGCCGCAACAACAACAACAACAACAACAACAACAACAACAACCAUCGGCUUCAACAACUUCCUCAGGGACAUCAUCAAGCGCCGUAGGUUCAACGGCAGGUUCAACGACAACAGGUUCGAUAGUGAGAAACACAGGACGACGUUGGCUUUUACAAAGUUCCCUAUCCUCGCGGCAACACUCGGCAGAUGAGGGCACACGUGGGCCCAGUAACGUGGUGGGCGUAAUCGGAGGGCCCGUUUCGAGUUCGUCCUCGGGCCAGGCUCCUGCCCUCCCACCCCGCAGACUCAGUCCAGCAACCGACACCGGUGACAUCGGUAAUACGGCUACGCGUGUUGACAGAGGUCCGAAUUUAUCGAUCGUGCAUCUCUGCAACGCGUCGGAUCCUUGGGAGGUCGGCUCGCAAGGAUCAGCCUAUAGCGUAAGCAGUAACAAGAGUCAAAUAAGUUCAAGAGGCAAGUCAUCGAGCAGCGGUAGCAAUCGUGGCUCUUACACACGUGGUAGUUCGAUUCCUUCGUUGAAACGUCACGAUACGUCGUCGUCGACGUCAAGUUUGAAGCAACAUCGUCAGGAGAGCCAUGGUCAGGUAUCGAAUUCCCGUCGUCGAGAAGCCGCUAAUGCCUUCUUAUCGGGCACCGCUGGGACCUCGGGAGAGCUCUUCAUCAGUGGCAAUUGCAGCCGAGAAUUGUCGCCUGUUAGAUGGUGCGACAGAGAGGUCGACGGAGUUUACCUCGGUCGUUCUGGUUGGGUCCAAGUACAACAGAGAUCAUUGGACGAGAAUCGGAGAAUAAAUUACGAGAGUAGCUUGUCCGGGAGCACCGGUGGUAAUCUCUCUUUACCGAGAAGGACCGCCGUCAAAUUGGCCGACUAUCAUUGCAGUAACAGCGAGCCAGGAAAGUGUCCCCAAGAUUUCUCUUCGAGGUUGGACAGUCAAAGACCGGAUUAUCUCGCUUUGCAUGGUCAAGAUUACGAGUCAUGUGGUACAAGUGCUUGCACGUCUCCCCGUAGUAUACCAGAAUCCUUUUCACCACCCUCGAUAACUCCUAUCAUUUCGCCACCGCCUGCUUUUCAAGACGCCGUCGCUAAGAGAUCCUCCUCAAGGCAUAUCGCUACACGUAGUAAUUACGGGAAAGCACCGUUCCUGCCAAGAUCCAACGCAAUCGACACCGAUAUCAUCAGUCCACCUCCUUCGCCACCUCAAACCAAUUGGAGUUCCUUGCCAUCCUCUUCGAGGAAAUCCGCGAAUGCACCGUCCAGGCGUAGAUUAAACGCAACAUUAGCAGGUACCAGUCAGCAACAGCAACAACAACAACAACAACAACAACAACAACAACAGCAACAACACUAUCGAAUGGCGCAAGCUAAAUCUUUGGAGGAUCAGUCGUCCUCUAGAAGAUCUCAGUUUGUCCAAAGAUAUUUGGAAUCCUCGUCAUCGUCCUCCUCGUCCAUGGGCUUCAGAAGUUUGGACAGUUGCGUGACGAGAUCAGCGAUGCCCAGGUUAGCCGAGAACACGGAUUCAUCGGUCGAAGGAUACGAGGACGGCGACGAGGAUGAUAAUCCUAGUUCGUCGUUAAAUCUUAGCUUAGUAUCCUCACCUGUAGCUGCAUUGAAUUCGUCGACGGAAUCUAUAAGAGCUAAUGGCGAAAGAAUCUCACCGUCUAACAGGCAAACUCGUCAUCAUGGAAGGACCCAACAAGGGCUCAGAAGAUCUCCGGGAUCUUCCGAGUCUGGUAAACAAUUGUCAUUUAAUUCUCCUACCUCUUCCUCGUCGUCUUCGAGUAGCAUCGAGAGACAAGGACGGUCGCCCACUCCUAAUCACUUUAGACGUGGAAAUGCAUCGAGGCAGCAUCAGAGUGCGAGAACUAGUCAGGCAUCUCCGGACUCUCUACAAUCUAGAGUGAGAAGAUCCAGGAGUUUACAACUUCCGGAGAAGAGAUCACCGAGCGCGGCUCCUCAAACAAUUAGAGAUCAUUCCCGAGAAUCUAACGAGUCUCAUCGAAUGAUGAUCAAAUUAUCAAACGAGCGAGGAAACGAGAGAAGCAAACGUUAUACUUUACAGAACAGAAAAGUUCAAUCGACGGAUGAUGCCCUUAACGAGGAGCUGUUUCGCGAGGCCGAAGCUGUCACGGAAUAUCUAUAUGGUACUCGAAGUCGUGCGAUAACACGAAACUUUCUAACUAGUCGAUACGAACGCCAUGAUGAACGUCGAGACGAUGGCCAAGAACAGAGACGUGCCAAUCAAACGACCUACGACGUCUACUUCAUAUCUUCGAAACAACAGCAAUCUCAAAAGAGUAAUAACACCUCGAUGCAACAGCAACAGCAACAACAACAACCACAACAGCAGCAGCAGCAGCAGCAGCAGCAACAACAACAGCAACAACAACAACAACAACAACAAAGUAGAAGACCUAGGACUCUUCAACGAGGUGCCACUACACCGAACGCCAAUCCAACUUGUUCGAGUCAAGAUUUUUCUGUUAGUCCUGACACAAAGUUACGUUGUAACAGCAGUACUUGCGAUUUCUGGCCGCAUUGCUCUCAAAGAAAUACACUUUACUCGCCUAAUCAAGCGCCUGUCUUCAUGAAAGUAUCUCAGAGUUAUCCGGCACAUCAAAGAUUGUCAAUGGACACUGGUACUCAUGUGAAUCGUGGUAGCGCAUGUUCCUCGCCUGCUUCUUUGGAAAGAAUGGACGAUCGUGAUUAUAGGGAACGAGAAACUACGAGAAAGAGUAGGACCAGUCGGGAACAACAGAAUAAUUUGAAUGUUCAAAGAUAUCAAGAUAGACCGCCAAAGAGUGUAUUGAAGCAGCCCAAUCGGUGGUCACCUAUGGAGGAAGGCAAUGCUAACGGUAGUUUAGACAAAAGAGGAGAUCGUCAUCGUGUUUACAAAAAAUCUGAACUCGUCGGUAGCUUCGAAAUGUGUGAUAAAGAAAGAAAAGUGUCGCCGGUUCAAGGUGGUAAAAAUUUGAAUAGGUCACCAAGCGGUCAAGUGGCUUCGCCCUCGAGCACGUCAUCAUCUUCGAGCAGUGACAUUUGGGUGACUACCUCGGAUCGUACGGUGACGAAGAGCCCAAGAAACGCAAAAAGUUCGGGCACGUCUACGCCUAUGGAUGACGCGGUGAUCGGUUCUCUGAAAACGUUGAUGGUACCACCGAAAGAUGGAAUGUUGUCCAGACCUGGAAGUGCACCGACCAGAGGAGAGGAUUCGUUGACCAGCGACGUGUCCUUGGAUCCACAUCAGCGCUCUCUAUCUUUACCAAAAUCAUUCUUGACACAUAACACCGAUAGCAAUAAUGCAACGAGCGGCAAAUCAGGAUCAUGGCAACGUGUACAGGAUUCUCAACGAUCAAGUCCAAAUCCAAGCGGUGCUCAUUCCGCACAGGAUAUGGCCACGCCUCACACUGCUCCCGUUUCCCCACUUCACGAUCAGUAUACUGGUCACGGUAGAAAGGAUCGAAGACGAAUGCCUGGAAUCAGCAAAACUCAACGACGUAUCAAAGCAUCCAGCACUCCGGCCUUGCUCGAUCGAGAUCACGAAAGUCGACAGUGGUCAGGUGAUGAAGAAAGUGAUGGGACGCGUAGGACUGAACAUCCUCUAACGGAAGCAACGAUACCUUUGGUCACUCACUCUCGUCUUCAAGACCCUUUGUCCUUGGGUUCGUCGAACGUGAUCGCCGCUUCAGGUGCUCCAGGACAAAAUUCUCACCGUUCUAAUGCACCUCAGAGUCAACAGGAAAGCGUAUUGCAAAAAUUUCGAAAGAGCUUCUCUCUGAGAUUUCACAAAAAGGGCAGUAAAGAAAGUACAGAGGGUGAAUGUCCUACGGAGGAGAAUGAAAGGACAACUGGCCAGUUAGGAGAAGAGGAAGAAAGGGAAACGUCGGCCGUUUUGUCAUCUGAACAAACCUCGCAGCACAAGGACGAUCCUGGCAAUGAUCAAAAGUUUCGAUUUGGUCCUUUAGUAUGGAGGAGCAGUAAGGAAAGGAAAAAGAGUAACAAGGCAGCGCGUAAUGCAAAAUGCAAUAGCGGAGAUAGUGGAAUACAAAUAGAGAUGGUAUCUGGUGGAGCGUUGACUGUGGGCAGUAGUGGCGGAACGAUGGGGGGUGGCGAUAGCUCCGAAUCCCACGACACAGACGUCCAAGAUGAAACGGACAGCCCUCCGGCCCUUCGUAGGCGAGUUGCCGAUAAAUCACGACCCCAGUCCGAGCUCAUCAACCAGAUACUGAUAGACAAGUUUAAGGCGGACUUACAGAGUCGCGCAUCGAGACAUCAGCACGUACGUAGGACUAAUAGCGACCUUGGUGGACAGAGAUUACUCCAAUGGGACACCAGAUCAGGAUAUAGUCAUAUUCACAAUUAUCGAAGGAUGCUCUCGACGCCAUCACCGAUCAAGAGCAGACCACCGAGGCUAAGCCCGAGACACUCUUCCCAUGACAUCGUUACGCUGAGAAGUAACGCGAAAGGGAGGAGUUCUCGGACAAAUUUGAGGCGCUCACUUAGUCAACCACUGGGUAUCAAUCAGCUUUCACCCUUGAUGCGCACCAAAACUGCAGGGGCGAGAUUACCCGGUGGAAAUGUCCUAUCCGAGGACGAACAGGAUGGUAGAGGUGGUGGUACCUCAGAUGACGAGAUGAUGUCCGAUUCCGAAUCAUCCAUCGCCUCGCUCACGGACAGAAAGAAGUCUUUCGAGCAGACAAUGGAUGAGGAGGUGGUUAUCCUGGCCGAGGCUGUUUGGGAUCACGUAGCAAUGGAACCGGAGGAAUUGGCCUUUCGAGCUGGUGACCUCAUCGAUGUUCUCGACACGAUCGACAAGGAUUGGUGGUGGGGUAGCUGCGGAGGUGAACAUGGCUGGUUUCCUGCUGCUUUCGUUAGGUUGCGGGUAAGUCAAGAAGACACUGUCGAAGAUUGUUUGGCCGCAAUAGCCUCCGGAGGUACGUCGAACUCCCAAAGAAGACGCACAAGCGUGUCGUUGCUAUCGAACGAACAGGUCAGGACGAGCGUAGUUCGUGAAUUGGUCCAAACCGAGAGAGACUUUGUUAAGGUUUUAAGGGAUGUUACCGAAGGUUAUAUAGCGGAAUGUCGAAGACGUAUCGAUAUGUUCAAUGAGGAACAAAUAGAAACGAUCUUUAUCAAUAUCGAAGAACUUCUAGACUUUCAAUCAGAAUUCUUGAAGGAUUUGGAAUCUCGUAUCGAUUGGAAUUCACCGCACAAGAGCUGCGUUGGCGAGUGUUUCCUCAAACACAGAGCAGGCUUUCGAAUGUAUUCUGAAUAUUGCAACAGCCAUCCAAUGGCAACCGCCACACUGCAGGAACUUUAUCAGCACAAUCGUUAUAGCAAGUUUUUCGAGGCUUGUAGACUGAUGCGUGGUCUGAUAGAGAUACCUUUGGAUGGAUACUUGCUUACGCCGGUUCAACGGAUAUGCAAGUAUCCCCUGCAGUUGGCGGAGUUGUUAAAAUACACGAAAGCGGACCACCCAGAUUAUCAUAAAAUUCAAGAAGCUUUAGAAGCGAUGCGAGGCGUUGCUGUAUUGAUUAACGAAAGAAAAAGACGAAUGGAAAGUCUAGAAAAGUUGGCUGCUUGGCAACUCAGGGUCGAAGGAUGGGAGGGCGAAGAUCUCAUAGAAGUAUCUUCUCAACUGAUUUAUCAAGGUGAAGCUAUGCGAGUAACCACUGGCAUGUGGACAAACAACAUCACGCUUUUCCUCUUCGAUCAUCAGCUCGUCUAUUGUAAGAAAGAUAUUUUGAAACGUAACACUUACGUUUACAAGGGUCGUAUUUAUCUCGAUACAAGCGAAGUCAUCGACGUGCCGGAUGGAAAAGAUCAUCAGUUGGGUGUUACGGUCAGGCAUUGUCUGAAAGUUUAUAGCUGCGUACGAGACAAAUGGUUGUUGUUCUGUUGUCGUACAGCCGAAGAGAAACGUCGUUGGUUGGUAGCAAUGGCCGAAGAACGACGACUAGUAGCUCAAGAUAGGAACGAUGGACUGGAAUUUCCAGCUGCUGCUCGGCAACUCGCCAGAUUGGCGGCUACCAGACAGCGUAACAGGCCACCCGUAAAACCUCGCAGCAAAUCGUAUAAGAGAGAGCCAACGUACGACGUGUCAAACGUAGUAACGCAAGGAACAACGAAUUCAUUGGGCCGUAAAGUCGGUACCUGGUUUACGUUCGGUAGCAGCAAGAAAAGUGCACGACCUCAACCGUCCUGAGACAGGCCCACCUUCGUUCCGUACAUCGAUUUGUAAAGACACUUCAACGUGAACAAGCGCUUGAUCGUACUUCCACGAUCGUGAAUUCUAACGAUCUGAUGAAGACAUCGUUAUCAGCGCUCAUCGAAUGUACGGUACGAAGGUACGUCAAAUUUUUUUUUAUCGUUCAUCCUGCUGUACUAUGAUAUAGAUAAUACAUACGUAUAAAAGAGAAGAAAAUCAAAGUACAGCUGCGAUGUAAAAUAAGAUUAGCUCGUAUAUAAACAUCUUGAAAUGUAGUGAAAUUACAUGAUUGUUGUUCUGCAUCAAACUAUUAUUCUACGAUUCCGAUGAGAAGAAAAAAAAAAAAAAAAAAGAAAAAAAGAAAACUGACAGCAGAUCUAUUAUGUCAACGAUCCUUUCGUUCACUGCCUCGCUGAAUAAGAACGUGUUUCGACAAGCACCGCCGCGCUAACUUCGCUCCCUAAAAACUAUUCCUUUGAUCUCUCCGAUGAAACGCACUUCGCUUUAAAAAAAAAAAUAAAUAAUAAUAAUAAUAAUAAUAAUAAUUUAAAAAAGUCCGAUAUAUAUAUAUAUAUAUACAUACAUAUAUCUUAACUGUACAUUAAAGUUCUUGAUCGAGCCAAAGCCGAUAAAUAUGAAAGAUUCUUCUAAUUGGACGUGUUGGUCGUUUGGAAGAAGUAUUGUCGGAGGAGAAAUGUAAUAAGCUAGAGGGAUAAGAAUAUCAUUUAGCGAUAGUUAGUAAAUGUAUAAAAAUGAAAUAGUAUGCUUUUGAAAUACUAAAGGGAAAGUACUAGUCACUUGUAUCUGCGAACUGUAAUAAUGACAAUGAUCAAUGUUAAUCUUCUUCAAUACGCGGAAUGGCUUUAUACGAAUGCAUUUAGAAUGAACGUUGAGCAAUCUUUUUUUUUUUUUUUUUUUUUUUUUCUUUUUAAUAAUGAUCGAAAGACUGAUGAAUAUGAUACGCGCGCUUGUAUAGGAGGAAAUAAUUAUUGCGGAACAUGAUUAAAGGGUCUUUCGUAAAUGACAUCUCAAAUGGGCUCCUUCGUAACUUUUAUUACCUCCUCAUUAAAUUUAAUACUUUGUUAUUCCACGUGAACUCUGCAAUUAUGAUAAUACUCAUAAUAGUUUUUCCAACGAUUGAAUUAAUUUUAACAAUGCCACGAUUUAUGUACACGUUUUCGUGGCAUAACAAAGUGACACUUUGUUUGAUGAAAACUUGAGUAUAAAGGCAAAAGAAAAAAAAAAAAGAAAAAAAGAAAAAAAAAAGAAUAUACAUAUAUAUAUAUAUCACUGGGUAUGUAAAUAUAGUACGCAUAUCAAAGCCCUCGUCGUUACACGAAGACCAUCUAAGGAAUCUGCACGUUUUUUUCUAAUCUUAUACAGAACGCGAGGAUUCGUAAUAGAAGAAAAUCGAUUGAACGAUAAAGAAUGAAUUUUGAGAUCAAACGUCUAUGUAAAUGAAAUUUCUUCAACUUCGACGCGCGAAAGUUCGAAAUUUAAAGGGGGAAAAAAAAAGAAAAAAAAAAAAAAAGAAAAAGAAAAAAUGGAAAAAAAGAGAAAUAAAAGAAAAGUGAACAAAAAAAAAAAACAAAAAAAGAAAAAUUAUGAAAUAAUAAACAAAAAAUAAAGAUUUGCUCUCACCGAUCGAAAGUUCUCAACACUGCCAAUAUGUUUGAAGAAACAUCUUUGUUCGAUCAAUUUCUACACAUGUCUGCUUUGAUAAACCAAAAAGAAAAAAAAAAAAAAAAAAAAAAAAAAUCACAAUUGUAUGCUGAGGAAAAAAAAUAACAGAAAAAUGUUAUCGUUAAAUGGCUUCGUACAUGUAUUUUUCUUUUGUUCGGUAACAUUUUCAUUUCAAUGCACGAUUAUAAAGAAAAAAAAAUAUUUAGACAAAGGAGGAGGGAGGAAGGAUAAACUAAAUAUAUAAGUUUUCGCUCAGUUUCUUGCAUUGCAUCUACUAUAUGACAAAGACAAUAUAAUCAGUAGAUCAGGAAAAUAAGAUUCCUAUUAAGCUGUAUAGAAAUUGUUAGUAACGUUGACGCUUAGAUUAGAAAGGUACAUACAUUUAUUGCUGGACCUAGCUCUUCUCAGAGUUAUUUUUAUAGUACGAAUUUUUUGAUUUCAAUGUGAUUACUUUGUGUAUACUAUUGCACAAGGACAAGCUAUAAAAAUGAUUGACUUAUUUAAUAAUAUCUCGUGUCUCUCUCUCUCUCUCUCUCUCUCUCUCUCUCUCUCUCUUUCUCUCUCUCUUUCUAUCUCUUUCUCUCUUUCUUGCGAUAAAGGGAUUAGAGAAAAUAAUAUUAAAUUAUUUAUUAUUCACCAAAAGAAAUUAUCGAAUUUAUGCUUAAACGGAUAAGAAAGGAAAUACUAACAGACGAACGUUGAUUUCGACAAUUAAUAUUUAUUUUCAAUAUAAUCUUAAAUAAUCGAUGAAACGUUCUAAAAAUCUAAAAAAUAUUUAGAGACACGCAACUAUAAAUAUCAUUCCUUCUCUUGUACUAUUAUUGGAAGCCUCUCUUGCCAUUAUUGCUUAGAGCCAAUAAAGUACAAGUACUACUUCUGAACAGCUACAUACAAAAAGUAAAAUAAUGUGCUUUGAAGCAAUAAUAAUACUAGAAAUUACAUAUACAUACAUAUACAUAUACAUAUACAUAUAUAUAUAUUUUCCCCUAAAUUUGAUAAUGAUAACUGUAUGUGCAUAUUUAAGGAGAAAAAGAUAUAAAGCUCAUUUUGUUAUUAUCAACAUACUUAGAUAUAUCAUGGCAAUGAAUUAAGAAAAUAAUACUGAACAUGUUGCUCUGUUGAAUGUACAUAAAUAGAUGUAUUUUACAAUUGUAAAUACUGUAGACCUACCAGUUAACAAUUUCAACGCAUUUCAGAAUAAAAAAAGUAACUUUCAAGUUAGUUAUAUGUAACAUUUGAACGAAGUUACUUAUUGAUUAUGGCGUAAUAAUGUUUUGUAUAUUUGUACAUCUGAUUUAAUGAUUUUAAUAAUAAAUUUUCAACUUUUAAUCUAUCAUUCGCGUUAUAUAUAGUUAUUGUUUAUAGUAUAUCUGUACAGUUUGAAUUUAUAACUAUAUAAUUGCGAUUUAUCGUUUAUCAUAUACAAGUAUUGUUGAGUUAAAUACGUGUAAAUAAACAUUUUGUAAUUACUACA